GCCUGGCUUUAGCACCUAAAAAAGUUCAUUGGAACUUGGCUGCUGAGAGAGAGCGAAACUCUCGGAUUGCAACCUAGAUGGGAGGAAGAGAGAUCGGAUUGGGGAAACCCUGGUGUGCCAAGUGUUGAGUCCAUCUUUCUGCCCCACGAUGUAGGGACCCUUUCUGGCUUUCUGGACCCUAGAAGAUUCUUCACUUAUUUUUUUCUUGCCAGAUUCAGCUGCCUGUACUGCCCUUGUCAGCCCCAGCUGCCUUGCCUGAAUUGAGAAUAAUAAUCAUUUUUAAAGGGAAGGUGGGAGGACUAGAAGGAAAGAGGGCCCAAACCCCAGGCUGGGGGCUCGUGAGGCAGCUCCAGGCUCAGCUGUAAUUGCAGCUGGGGGAGCAUGCUGGGCGUAGUACUGGCGGUCCGAGGACCAGCAAGACAGCUGUGGCCAUCAUCGCCUCUUCUGCUGCUACUUCUGCUCUUGCUGCUGCUGCUGCUGCUGUUGUGUAGAGGGGCCUCAGCACAGUACUCCAGCAAUAUGUGCAACUGGAAAGGGAGUGGGCUGACUCAUGAGGCACAUAAGAAGGAUGUUGAACAGGUCUACCUCCGAUGUUCUGAAGGAUCCGUUGAGUGGAUGUAUCCUACUGGAGCACUAAUAAUUAAUCUUCAAACAAAUACAGUAUCAUUGUCUAAUAAACACUUAACAAUUUGUAUCAAACUGUUCAAGGACUCCAUGGGAGCAAAUAUUUAUUUGGGAAAAAAUGGAGAACUGAAGCUAUUGAUUAGAGAUGGAGACCACAACCCUAGAAAAGUCUAUUGUUUUGGAUUUGACCAAGGAGCUUUGUUCAUUGAAGCUACUCCACAACAGGACAUUAGCCGGAAGAUUACAGGCUUUCAGUAUGAACUGACAAACAAAAGGGAAAUCUCUAAUUUACACACAAUUUCUGUUCCAUGUCGCCCUUGUAGUGAUACUGAAGUCCUCUUAGCUGUCUGCACUAGUGACUUUGUGGUAAGAGGAUCCAUUCAGAAUGUAACAAAUGAGCCAGAACAACAAGAAUCUAUCAUUGACAUCCAUGUCAGCAAACUGUACAGGCAGAAGAAUAAAGUCUUUCAGGUUGUGGAAAGCAGUGAAAGCUGGCAAGGACAAAUCAAGACACUAUUAGAAUGUGGAGUGAAACCAGGAAAUGGGGAUUUCCUCUUCACAGGUCGAAUGCACUUUGGGGAGGCCAGAUUAAGCUGUGCUCCUCGUUUCAAAGACUUCCUAAGGAUGUAUAAAGAUGCUGAGAACAAGGGCCUGAAUCCAUGUGAAAUAGGCACAGUUUGAAGAUGAAUAGAUAGAUUGGAAAUCUUUCUUUCCCACCCAAGAAAACCUCACUCCACCUGCACUUAUGCCUGACAAAUUCACUAUCAUAGUGAAUAUUAUUAAUUUAUUGGCAAGAGCUUCCAGAGGAACUAACACUUGGAAGGCAGAUCCUAUGGGGUCUCUUUGUAAUACCAGGAACUGUUAUACUAAUAAAAGUACAAAUCAGAUUGGAUACUAUGUACCCCAGAUUUUUUCUUAACCAAUUAAAAGUCUUGAAAAAUCCAAACUAAAUUGUUACAUUUUAAGGUAUUUUUCAUUUAAAACAAACUCUCAUAUUUUAAAUAAACUACUUUUAUUAUCUUUUAAUACCAUUUUUAAAAAUCCAUAAGAUGUAGUAUUUGGACUGAUAUAAAACUUUAACAACAAUGCUUUGUAAAAAGCUUAGUGUAUAAUUUUAAGCCAUUUCUUAUGACAGAAAUUUAUGGAGUUACAUUUUUAUUUUUUUUAAUGUUUUCUUUUUUAAUUUUAAUUUUAAACUAUGAUUGCCAGCCACCAUCAUCUUUAGGUUGGUAAGUUUACAUUUCAGAGAAAUAAAGCUCCCUGGAUUUGUGAAA